CAUUAGUUCUAAAUAUUAAAAAUUGUGUCCACAUUUUCAGUCAAAUCGUUAAAAAGACAAACAAAAUUCAAGGUAACCAUCCUCAAUCGAAAAUUCGGAGGCCUGAAAGUCUUGUUUUAAUGCAUUAAGUAAUAAUACACUUGAUUCGAUGGAGCUAUUUUGAAACUUGUGCCUUUAGUUGGGUUUUCGUUGUUGGAGUAAUGUCCAUCCCAGGAAUAGGAGAAAUUACUUCUGAUACGUCGUUUCUAACAAAAGUGGUGGAUGAAUACGUAGUUGGAUCUUCGUGGACUCAGGAAUAUUCAAAAAAUGAUGUUAAAAUCUGGUCUAAGUGCUCAGACAAUAACGGGAUCAAAGCUUUUAAAGCCUCUGCGCUUUUCAAAGGUGUAUCUGGACCUGCAUUAUUUGAUUGUCUUAUGGACUCACAAUAUCGAAAGCAAUGGGACAAGGCUAUGAUUGAGGGUUAUGAACUGUGUCAAGUGAACAGCCAGAGUGAUAUAGGAUAUUAUUCCCUUCGUUCUCCCCCUGGUUUAAGAAACAGAGACUUCGUUCUUCAGAGGACAUGGACAAAAUUCGAAAAUGAAUAUGUGAUAGCAUCCCAUUCUGUGUUUCACAAAGGACUCCCUGUAAGAAAACAAUUUAUCCGUGCAUUGUCCCAUAUGAAUGCAUAUAUUAUCCGCAUCCUUAGUCCAGAUUCCUGUGAAAUGACAUAUGUUACACAUUGUGAUCCUCGUGGUAAAUUACCCAUCUGGGUUAUCAACAAGGCAACACAAUUUAUGGCGCCUAGAGCAAUCCAGUUAUUAUAUAAAGCAUGCACUAAAUAUGAUGCAUGGAAACAAUCAAAUAAUCCCGACCAAAAACCAUGGUUAUAUUCACAUCAAAAUAGCCUGCCCAAUCUAUGUUGGGAUGAUGUUGAACAGACAGCCAAUUUAGGACCAGUUGAUGAUGAUGCCAGUGCCAGCGGUGGAGGUGAUGAUACCAGCGGUCAGCUAACACCACUUGAUGAUGAACGCAGUGGUGGCGGUGUCUUCGAUCGAAGUGAUAGUUUCAAUGACUCUGAAGAUUUUCAACCGAUAAUGACGGUAGUAGACAAUCAAAUGCAAUCAUGUGUCCCCCAGGCCCAGACAACAGCAGCAACAACAGCGCUGACAACUGUAUCAGAUUCCGGUUAAAAUAUUGUAAAAUAAAUAAAUAUUGAUCUUUUUAUUUUUUAUUUUGUUGUCGAUGUUGUUGGUCAAGAGAUAAGAACAGCUGCCGCCACCCCAUUCCCCCGUCGCCUGACUCGGGGAAUAAAUCAAUGUUAAUAUUUCCUUUUCUUCUUUUUUGGGGUGGAAUGUAUGUGUAUUGUUUAGUUUUUCCCCCUUCCCCCUUGUGUCUUUUCUUCCCUGGUGUAUGAUUUUCUUCUUCCUUUGAAUUUAUGACCACUGGCAGAUAAAAUAUUGUCACUUUGUCAUUGCCACGGAUGGGUGGGGGUGGGUGGUUCAACGCAAUGGCGUGGUGUGGGGUGCCAACUUCAUUUAAUGUACACUAUUACUACUACUAUUCCCACUAUUUAUUUAUUGUUGUAUAAAAUUUCUUUGUGUAUUCAAGUGAUUUCUGCCUGUCGUUUCUUUCGAUGAGUUGGGUUAUGAAUAUCUUAGUUCAUAAUGGUGAUAAUAAUAAUACUAAUAAUAAUGAUAAUCAGUAUUACUGUUCAGGCAAAGGAAAAUCUGAAAAUCCCAUAUUAUAAAUAUUGUUUGUCCUUUAUAUAUUCCCUCUAUGUGUGUGUAAGUGAGUGGGUGGAUGCGUUUACGGGGAUCGUCUGUACUGAAUGAGGUUCAGUUACUGCGUGCGUGCGCGUACACACUCACAUACACUCAUGGACACAAGCUUCUUCUACAAACAAUAUCUAUGAAAAAAAAGACGUUAUUUUUUUAAAAGUUUUCAUUUGAAUUAAAGUUAUUUAUUUAUUUUUUUGAAAAACGAAAGGAAAUAUAUUUUUUUCUUUUU